AUGGGCUGCCUGGCUCUCAUCUCCACCGCCCUCCUGGUCACGGCCACCUGGACCGACUGUUGGAUGGUCAACUCGGACGACAGCGUGGAGGUGAGUCACAAGUGCCGGGGGCUAUGGCGGGAAUGCGUCACCAACGUGUUGGAUGGCAUUCGGACGUGUGACCAGUACGGCUCCAUCCUGGCCCGGCACCCACGGCGGGUGGUGCUGACGAGGUCUCUGCUCCUCCUCUCUGGACUCCUCUGUGGCUCCGGGAUGCUGGCGCUGCUCCCGGCUCUGGCCAGAGUCCGGCUCCUCAUGGACCGCUGGCGACGGCUUGGCUUUGUGGCCGGGCUGCUCCUUGGGGCCGGAGGGUUCCCCGGAGCGCUGGGAUCCUUCUGGUUUGCAGCAGAGGUGGCGUUGGAGCGGGCGGCGCUCAACCCGGCUCGAGGGCCCCUGAGCGGGCACUGGGAGUGGGGUUGGUCUCUCUGGUUCGGGAUCGUGGGCUCUGCGGGCUGCCUGGUUGCCGCCCUGGGUCUUGCCUGUUCCCUCUCCGGACCCCCAGGUAAAGGGGCCACUGGUCGCCGCUCCUGGACAAGCAGGCCGGAGCCAGGCCCCAUGUACGCCUUGAACUCUCGCGUGUGA